AUGGAUACGCCUUCAGUCAACGGCAACGGCGCGCGACCGUACGCCAGCCCGGAGAGUCACGCGAAGCUGUCGCAGCAUUCGCCGACCGAUGAGCAAGACGGCUGGAGCGGAGAGGGGUCCAGCGGCGACGAAGCCAUCCAGGCCAGCGGCGCAACGAAGCGCAAACGCCCCCUUUCCGUCAGCUGCGAAAUAUGUAAACAACGCAAGGUCAAGUGCGACCGUGGCCAGCCAAGCUGCGGCUGGUGUGUUAAAAACCACUCUGGCUGCAUAUAUCUUCCGCGAAAGAAGCCAGGUCUGCGCGCUGGGUAUGGUCGAGAAUUAGAGUCACGUCUCGACAAGCUGGAGUCAUUGCUCCACCAACAGCAGAAUCAGAUCAACCAGCUUUCUAGCAACCAGGCCACGCCGGCAGUCACGUCCCCGCAGGCCGGGCCCGUCUUCCGGAGCCCGACCAUUCUGCAGCAGACAACGCACGUUCCACGGCCUGAAACAGCUCUCUUCAUACAGAAGCCAGGUAGUUUCUCUACUGCGACUGCAACCCCUCUGCAGCCAAGCUUUCCCGGGGGGAUAUCCGACGCGCGGCAGGCGCCAUCUGUCGGUAGCAGUGGUUAUCACAAUUCCCCCGAGGAUGCUGCGUCUAAUAUGAGUGGAAUGCAACAAAGAGAUGCAUUUGCCUUCAACAACGAUCGUUUUGCCCCACCAUCGAUGGCGGGAGCAUUGGCGCGAGGUGAUCAGGACUUCCCACCUUACGACUUGCUGUACGGCUUGGUGGACCUCUUCUUCAAGCACAUUUACCCUUGGUGUCCGAUUCUUCACCGUCAAGCGACCCUCAACUCACUUUUUGGGGACACUAGCUUAGAGGAAGCGGAUAGGAUUCUUCUUCAUGCCAUGGUUGCAACCACCCUAAGAUUUUCAACCGACCCUCGCUUGACCGCAGAGAAACGAGAGCAUUACCAUCAAAACUCGAAAGAGAAAGUGCUGUUAUAUGGAAUCCAGAACAGUUCAGUCAAAUCACUGCAGGCACUCGUCAUUCUGUCAGUAGAUGUCGUGGGAUGCUCGAACGGCCCUCCUGGCUGGAAUCUACUGGCCCUCAUUACCCGAUCGAUUGUAAAUCUAGGGCUUUCUGUGGAGAAUUCUUCGCCAAAAAUAGCUCCUCAAUAUGCGUCCAUCUAUACACUACGAGCGAUCGUCCUUCCCGAACCGACCGAUUGGAUCAUGGAAGAGAGCCGAAGACGACUUUUCUGGAUGAUCUACGUCCUUGAUCGAUAUGCUACGGUAGCAACUGCCUUUGAAUUUGCGCUCGACGAAAAGGAGAUUGACCGUCAGCUUCCGUGCCGUGACGAGUUCUUCACACGCAAUGCAUCAGUGGAGACUCGUUGGUUCCGUACGUCAACGCGCACGAACCAUACCAUGAACCGACCAGAGAAUCUGGGUGCCUUCUCGUACUAUGUGGAGAUAUUGGAGAUACUUUCCCGGGUUCACAACUUCCUCAAACAGCCUGUGGAUAUCACAUCUUUGACUGAUGUCGAGCAGUGGCAAAGCGAGUAUCGUGCACUGGACAGCACUCUCGAGCAAUGGAAAUACAAUCUGCCACCUGAGUACGGCAAUGCAUCGCGCGUCUUCGCGGGACCGGCGGCCAGCAAAGAUCUUAACAGUAGCUUGAUCAUGUUGCACGCCGCCUUUCACACUACCGUGAUUCGCCUCCACUCCUCUGCGGCAUACCCGACCCAUCGCUCCCCGAUAUUUGCACCUUCGUUCAGCGCAAGCCAGAGGUGUCUCAGUGCCGUUGAGAGCAUCGUGGCGCUUUGCCAAUGCAUCCGGGAGCAUGGCCUCUUGACAAAGCUCGGCCCGCCUUUCGCUUUCUCCCUGUGGGUUGCGGCUCGCGUUCUCUUAGUCCAUGGUUCGACCAUAGCUCACCGCGUGGACGAAUCCAUCAACCUACUGGUCUUGACUCUCCGAGAGAUGGGUCAAUAUUGGGAAGUUGGGUCUCGCUACGCCAGCCUACUCUCCCGCGUGCUGCUAGAAUAUCAAGAGUCGCAACAGAGCGUGGGCGUUAACGGCGAGCGCAUCACUCCAUCCACCGUGAAGAUACUCGCCGACAUGCGUCGCUGUGCAUUCGACCUCGAUUUCCUGAUUGCGCGACAGCCCAAGAUGCAUCCCAGCCACCAACCGACUCCAGCUCGCACCCCAGCACCGAAUGAGUUGGAGUAUCUAGAUGUAUUCGACUUCUUCAACAUGCCAAGACUACCUGUUACCAUGGAUAGCGCGAACGGCUAUGUAGCGUCCGACGGGUCGAUCUCGACUGGAAUGCCCGAUGGGCAACCGGUCAACGAGUUCAACAUUACGAAUUAUAUGGUGGAUGCUAGCUCUGAUUGGUUUAUCAAGGGCACGAAUUGA